AUGGAUUCAAAUGAUCAUUUAUUUGGAGAUAUAGAACAGGAUAACAAUCCGUCGUUCUAUGGGAAUCCUUCCAUGAUCCAUGAUCCUUAUGGGAAUCAAAGAGAUGAUACCAUUGACGAUCAUCCUGAUAGUGCCAACACAUUUGUAAAUAUCCCACCUCCACCUUCAAAUGGGGGUCAUUCAUCAACUACUCCAUCAGAAUUCUCAGAUUCAAUCAUUUCAAAUCCUCCUCCUUACCAACCUUCCAAACAUCCUCAAUUUAUACCCCAACCUAAUGAUUUAGUCAAUAAUACCAUUGAUCUUUCUAAUAAAAUAAAACUGUUAUUAAAUGAUCCUCAUGUUGAAAUUCAUAUUCUUUCCAGUGAAAGGUUAGUUAAUUCAUCAGUCAUUGUUUAUACCGUUCAAUUAUUAUUACCCAAGACUAAGGAUUCUAUUAUUGUUAAACGAAGAUAUAGUGAAUUCAAAUCCUUAAGAGAUAAUUUAAAUAAAUUAUUUCCAACUAUAAUCAUACCCCCAAUUCCAGAAAAACAUUCACUUUUAUCAUAUUUAAUCAAUUCUAUUAAUAAUUCUCAUGAAAUUGAUAUCAUUGAAAUGAGAAAAAGAUAUUUUAAAACAUUUUUAACUGAAGUUGUAUUCAAUUCUUCUGAAAAAUUAAGAAAUUGUUUAUUAUUACAUAAAUUCUUUGAUCCAAAUUAUGAAUUAGGUUGGUAUAAUGCAUUGAAUGAACCACCGGUUAGUCUCAUUCCUAAUAAUUUAUUAUUAGCCAACCCUUUAAAUACCAUUGAUCAAAAUGGGUUAUAUUCAUUAUUACCAUUAGUUAAUGGAUUUGAAUUUGAUUCAAGUAUUGAUAAUUUAAGUUCAUUAAAAAAAAUUAAUGAUGAUUGGAAAAAAUUAAAUGAUCAAAUUAAAUUAUUUGAAUAUAAAACUAAAACACCUCCAUCUCCAACUGAAUCUAAAAGUUUUAUUGAAAUUCCUCAAAAUUUAAUUCAAUUUGAAAUUAAAGUUCAUAAUAUUAUUAAAAUCUUACAAGAUUUAAAUAAGAUAAAUGCAAGAUCAGUUAAGAAUUAUAAAAUCAUCAUUAAUAAUUUAAUUGAAUUAGGAGGGAAUUUAAAUAAUUUCUCACUUCAAAUAUUUGAAUCAUCAUCUCAUAUUUCAUCUAUUACCACUUCAAAUGAUAAUAAUAAUUUAAGUCUUGCAAUUGAAAAAUUUGGUUCAACCAUUGAUAGUAAUUUCCUUUCCAUUGAGAAUUUCAUUAUGAAUCAAUUAAUUCCUGAAUGGCAAGAACCAAUUCAUCAAUUAACUCAACAUUAUAUUGCCAGUUUAAAUCUAAUCAAGUUUUAUAAAUAUAAAAUCAUUCAAUUUAAAAUCUUAUAUAAAUUGAAAUUUAAUAAGUUUCAAGAGAUUUUAAAUUUAACUAAUAUGCCAUCUAUCAGUACUGAUACCACCACUAAUCUUAAUAUUAAUGAAAAUGGACCUGUAAUGACGGAUGCCAAUGGGAAUCUUGAUCAUUUAAAGGAUCUUCAAAGUCCAUCACUUUCCAAUGCCUUACAACGUCUUGAAGUUAGAAAAAAAAGAGGUAAAUUAUCGAAUAAGAAAUCAUGGUAUGGAUUAUUUGGAGGUAAUAAACCUUAUAAUUUCAGUUUACCUCCUGAAUCAGCCACCACUACUUCAUCAUCCCAAUCAUCACCUCCAAGAGGAAAUAACAAUAGUGCUGAUAGAAGUAAUGCUGAAACUAUCAAUAACCAAUACAAGUUAAAAUUGAAUCAAAUUGAAAAAGAGUUGGAUAAAUUGAAUCAAUUGGUGAUUCUUUGUGAUCAAGAUAUGGUUAAUUUAACUACUGAAUUAACCACUACAUUCACGUUAUUCUUAAAGGAUUUGGAAGCCAGAUGGCUUAAAUUAAUGAUUAAUUACAUAAAGAACGGUAAGUCUCUCUUCCAAGAUAAUCUUGCUAAUUGGCAAGAGUUUAAGCAAUUUCUAGUUAAUAAUUAA